UUUAGAUGAGACCGCCAUUAAUAUUCUCCCUAUUUUUUCUGAUUACUGUAGUCGAUGCCGGAUUUUUCGACUUCAUAUCAAAAUUGGCGGGAGGAGGGAGCAACAGCAACAACAACAGUGGCAGUAGCAGCAAGUCGAGCAAGCUUGCACCAGUAACAGAUGACAGGGCUAAAAGAUAUCUGCAAGAAUUCGGCUAUGUUGCACCAAGUAACAGCUUGGGAUCGUCGUCCUCACAUGCGGGGGUAGAUUUUAGCGAUGUCACGAGUCUAUUCAAGAGAGCAGUCCUAAAGUUUCAAGAGUUUGCUGGUCUAAAGAAAACUGGCGUACUGGAUACGGAGACAAAAAAGAAAAUGGCCGAGCCACGAUGUGGUGUGACGGAUGUGCUCGCUAUCAGCAGUGGAGGUGCGGCCUUCAAAUGGCGAAAAAAUCGUUUAACGUACUCAAUCGAAAACUUUUCUUCCGAUUUACCUAGGGAUGAUGUUAGGAAGGCUAUAAGAGAAGGAUAUGAAAUGUGGGCAGCAGUCACGCCUCUGGAGUUCGAGGAGAUACCUGCUGGUAGUGGAGCCGAUAUCAAGGUCCGAUUUGGUACAGGCAACCAUAACGAUCCUUGGCCUUUUGAUGGUAAAGGAGGUGUGCUAGCGCACGCCACUAUGCCUGAGAAUGGUGCACUACAUUUUGAUGACGACGAAAAUUGGACAUAUAUGGAUGCGAAGAAAAUUGCAAGUGGCGACUACACGGACCUUCUAGCCGUGGCAAUUCAUGAGGGAGGCCAUACCCUCGGUUUGUCACAUUCCCGCGAUGAGACCUCUAUAAUGGCUCCUUUCUACCAUGAAACGGUGGACUCGCGUGGAAACUACAAGAAGCCAACAUUGAAAUCCGAUGACAUCUCCAGUAUCCAAGAUAUCUACGGUAAACCAACGUCUCCAAAGCGCCCUAGCGGUGGAUCUUCGUUUGAUAGUGGGUCGUCUAGGGAUCGGGAUCGCACUACACAGCCUCCAAAACCAAAGCACAGAGGCUGGCUUGAUCGACUGUUUGGAAAUGACGAUGAUCCCACCACGACACCACGUCCAAGCCCACCAACUACUAGUGGAAGUCGCGGAGGCUUAUUUGGCAGCGGUGAUUCUGGCCGUUCUGGAAGUGGUUCAGCAGGAUGUCCUUACUCAGUGGACGCCUUUACUCCAAGCGACGACUUUUCUUACCUGUUCUCUGGCUCAACAGUUUACGCCUUGGCUGGAAGGAAGGUGCACAAGUCAUAUCGAGUCACUGAACUUUUUUCUUCUGCUCCAUCACAUGUUGACGCCGCUGUUUUCAAUCCUACUUCUGGAAUGAUGCUCUUAUUCGGGGAUGGAAGAGUGUACGGCUACUACUUUUCUCGGAUUCGUGGAAUUUUCCAAAUGGAUUCUGCAUACCCGAAGCGAUUGCCGUCCGACAUUUCCUUUACCCCUCAUGGAGCUCUGAGGUGGAUAAAUGGACAUCAAAUAUUGUUAUCGAGUGGGGACGAGUUCUCCGUUUAUGAUGAGUUCUGGAACCAAUCUACAAUGAAAAACCGUGUAUCUAGCUACUUUCCGAACAUGCCCAUCGGAGUCAAAGGGAUAGAAUCGCCUUCCGGCUCUACUGUAACAGCAUUCACUUCAAAUCAAAAAACCAACGGGUCAUCGAGUCUUCUCGAUCUACCGCUAACUUCUCCUCCAGCGCCCGUUGGCGAUGAGGGCUACACGAUAAGGGAGGAGGAAAAUAACAAAGAAGGUACAGGUUGGUCAUCAUGUAGCAGCAGCGAUGAAGAGGAUGAGAAUACCUUACAACAGUCUAAAAUUCGAAGUUUAACCAUCCGACCAGCGGAUUCAGCCAAGACGGUGAAUGCAUCUGUGGAUGAACUGCGAGAUGCUAUCGCGCAUACCAAUAUAUGUAGGAGUAGUACUUUUGACAAGACUGCUCUAGUUUUUAUGGUAGCAUAUCAGGACCGUGGACACUUGGUGGUCAAAUCGUCCCCCUAUGUUUUCACAAUCACUAAGUGGCGAUUGCUUGAAGCCACUUCGACCGUGUCAAAUGAGUCGGAUUUUGGCAAAAGCAAUGCCCCGCUGAAUUUCUCAGCAUCGAUGGGACCAAUAGCGGGAAUGGCACGCGCCCGCCAUAGAAGUAACAUACCUACGCUAAACUCUGCCUUUGAUGCUGAUGCGACAUUGAGAAAGAUUAUACUACGUUACGAGCUAUGCGAUGAUGCGCGGGUCAGUCAGCCUCCACUUUACAUCACUACAUAUUGGAAAUGUGAAGAGGUAGAUGUUCUAAUCGACUACCAAAACAACGAGUGCCCCAUAACAACCCCGCUAUUGAAUUUAGUCUUCACAACCAAAGAAGUCAGCAGUGUGACAUCCGAUCCAACAGCUACUUGGUCAGCUGACAACAAUACAUUAUUUUGGACCAUCACGGAACUCUCUAGGCAACGAGAUGGUGCAGGGCCACUCAAGAGCACUGAGCACACUGGCAGCCCGUCAUUAACCUCACUAUAG